CAAAUCCUAAAAAAUUGAAGAUGACAAUUGCAAUUAUUGAAAAUGGAAUGAUAAAAGUGAAACGUCCACGUCCCACUGACCGCACUGAGUACUUUGAACGCGCUUUGAAACUAACAAAAUUUGGCUUAUUUAACUAUAUGAUGAUCUUCGUUUGCGGUGUUAUACUCGCCAAUGUUUUGUUGGAGACUCUUGGCAUCAGUUUUGUUUUACCAGUUUCGGAAUGCGAUUUCCCACUUACUACAACACAACGUGGCGUCUUGGGCGCUAUUGGAUUUGCCGGUAUCAUAUCUAGUUCCCAUUUGUGGGGUUUUCUUGCUGAUACCACUGGACGUCGCAACAUCAUUAGACCAACUUUAAUCAUGGGUUUUUGCUUAACUGUGUUUUCCAGUUUUGCUCAAAAUUUUUGGGUAAUGGUGGUUUUAAGAUACCUGAACGGGUUUUGUGUUUCUGGUGGUUCAGCUACUGUGUAUGCCUAUUUGAGCGAAUUUCACACCUCUAAACAUCGUUCUCGUGCAAUUAUGGGUGCAGCAAUUGUUUUCGGCAUUGGAUCUAUGUUGAUGCCAGCCGUUGCUUGGUUAGUCAUUAAUCAGGAUUGGAGUUUGCCUUUACCAGUGUUAGGUAUGGUUUACAAACCAUGGCGUUUGUUCAUGAUUGUCUGCGGUAUACCAGGUUUUAUAAGUGGCUUAGCUUUGUUUAAACUUCCUGAAAGCCCGAAAUUUUUGUUAAGCCAAGGCAAACAAGCUGAAGCACUAAAAGUAUUGCGUACCAUAUAUCAUAUAAAUUCGGGAAAUCCUAAAAUGCAAUAUCCAGUCACCACAGUUUUGAUUGAGGAUUUGAAUUCGUAUUUGCCAAAAGAAAAUCAACAUUGCACUGGUUUCAAAGCCCUACUUCGCUCCAUGUGGCAACAAACCCAACCGCUUUUCGGACGACAAUAUUUAUUUUCCACCUUGCUUAUAUGCAUUAUACAAUUCGUUACAUUUUUUACAUCGAAUGGCUUGUAUAUUUGGUUCCCAGAUAUACUUAAUAGCGUCGGCGAAUACAUGAGCUUGCAUCCAACUCACAAAUUCUACCUCUGCGAUGUAGUCUAUGAAAAGCAACGGAAUUUAUAUAACUUUAAUGAAGAAAUGAAAUAUCUUGAGAUGUUUAAUGUUAAAAGUUUUGGAGUUAAAAAAUGUAAUGAGAAGCUUGAGUUGAACACAUUAGAACAGUCUUUGUUGUUGGAGAUUUUGUAUGCCGUCGGAUUUUCUGUACUUGCCGUGAUUAUUAAUUGUGUUGGAAAACGUUCUAUAUUAUUUGGCUGCUUGGUAUUUUGUGGACUUAGUGGUAUUGCUGUCAUUUACACUGAUAUACCUUUGAUUUCUACCAACUUGUAUCUGGUUCUUCUUCUUUGCGGUUUGGGCAUUAAUGUUUUAAGUGCAACAACUGUUGAAAUCUACCCUACUAAGCUCAGAGCUAUGGCCGUUUGUAUCUCAUUGAUGAUGGGUCGCUUGGGUAGCGUUGUUGGUGUCAAUGUUUUUGGUACACUCCUCACUCAAAAUUGCGAAACUGCUUUUGUCAUAUCCGGUGUCACUUUGAUAUUGAGCGGAUUUCUUGGUUUCCUCAUACCUUCACCAAGCAAGUUCAUCAAUCAACGCUAUUCACGCCGUUCGAGCGUUGCUUCGAUGACUGGAAAUUAAAUCAUUAAAUUGAAACAAUACAUUUUUUUCUAUAUUUACUUACUCGAAACAAAAAUUUAGAUCUAAGCAAUGAAAACUGAUAACGAAACGCAUAAGAUUGGAAAAUUUAGAUUUAAGAAAGUAAUCAUUUUUAUAUGGAAUGCAAGAAGCACAUAUGCUUAAAAAUCAAAAAAAAAAAAACGAAACAAAAACUCCAAAAAAAAAUUUAAAGAAAAAUUCAGGAAAAAAUAAGAUAAACAAUUUAAAAUAAAAUAUUUAAACUGUACGGCAGUUCUAAAUCUUUUGGAAGUGAUUAUUUUUUGAAAGAGCACUUCACUAAUUUAUCUCUUCAAAAACUAUUCACUUCCAAUUCCUAUAGAACUGCCUUCUUGUGUUAAUGAAUUUAGUAUAAAUUUUCUUAUUUUUAUUAUGAGUAGUUUGUGCUAAGUUCAUUAGUAUUUAUACAGUAUUAAAAAAUACAUACACUGCAAUACUAAUUUAAAGCAUCAUAUAUCAAUAGCAAAUUAUAAAUCUUACACUUCAUUUUGUGACUCCAAAUGGAUUGCAAGGAACGAUAUUACAAUUGAAAAGGACUGACAUUUAAGGUUAAAUUGGUGCGUUGGGUUACGAUUGCAGUAUAAACUGAACAAUAAUUGCAAAAGGCUGAUUAAUAUUUGAUACGGAACAUUACACAUUAACUAUCUGAAUAUGAACAUUGUUAAACAUAUAUUUAAUCCAUUAUAUUAUUAGUCUGUAGUUUGUAGCUUGGGUUUAGUAGUGCGUUAGUGCAAUGGGAGUAGUGUUAGUUUGUAGUAUGAAUAUAUUCAAUAAAGAAUAAAAUAAU